UUUCACCUCGUCGCCACCAGCCAACUGAAACUGUCUUCUUCUGCUUCUAUAUCUUUCAAUAUUCAUACGAUGAACCAUCGUCAACAGCAACGUUAAGCUCCACUUGAACCCCCAAAAAUGGCCUUUACGACAUGCAAAUUAACUGAAUUGCAAUUUCGAAAUUCACUCAUACAAUCCUUCCCACUCACCUCGCGCCCACAGUCUCAGUCGCUCAGCCUCCUCUUCUCGUCCACUAAAACGACAUCGUAUCACCUACUCAAACCCUUUUCUUCCCUACGUACCAACCAAAAUCCUAACAAACCCGACCACUUCUUUCCUGAACCUCGGUCCCCCUCCUCCGCCGCUCCUUGGCUCAACAAAUGGCCCUCCUCAAGCCCUCCAAUCGAUAAACCCCCCGAGAAGGUUUCCCAGUCCAAUGGAGACGAUCGAUUUGAUGAUAAAAGACAGAGAGAAUCGGAAUCUCAAACUCGCUACUUGAAUAAUACGGACAAAGGCCACAAUGCGAUCGAGCGUAUCGUUUUGCGGUUACGGAACUUAGGGUUAGGUCCGGAUGAUGAAGAUGAAAACGAAGACGAAGAAGAGGAAGGUUUUGAUUCCAUGCCGGUGACGGGAGAGGAGAAGUUGGAAGAUUUGUUGAAGCGGGAAUGGGCCCGGCCCAAUACGAUGUUUUUGGAUGAAAAUAACGAGGGAGAUGGUGAGUCCCUGUUGCCGUGGGAGAGGGAGGAGAAGGAGAGAGGGGAAAGGAAGGCGGUGGGAUUGAGGAGGACGGUGAUAAAGGCGCCGACCCUGGCGGAGCUGACGAUUGAGGACGAGGAGUUGAGACGGUUGAGGAGGAUAGGAAUGCAUUUAAGGGAGAGGAUUAAUGUGCCAAAAGCUGGAAUAACACAGGCGGUUCUUGAGAAGAUUCAUGAUAAGUGGAGAAAGAACGAGUUGGUUAGGCUCAAGUUUCAUGAAUUUCUUGCUACUGAUAUGAAAACUGCUCAUAAAGUUGUUGAGCGACGAACUGCUGGAUUAGUUAUAUGGAGGUCAGGAAGUGUCAUGGUGGUGUAUCGAGGAAGUAACUAUGGAGGGCCUUCUUUGAAAUCUCAACCUGUUGAAAGAGAAGGAGAUGCUCUUUUUGUCCCAGAUGUAUCUUCUGCUGAUACAGCAGCUAUGAGAAGUGUCAGUGGUGCAACUUCAAUUUCAGAAAAGAGUGAGCCAGUUGUCAGGAUUGCAGACCAGAAUAAGACCAUGACAGAAGAGGAAGCUGAAUUUAACAUUUUACUGGAUAGUUUAGGUCCCCGUUUUGAGGAGUGGUGGGGUACAGGAAUCCUCCCAGUUGAUGCUGAUUUACUUCCACAAACAAUUCCUGGCUAUAAAACACCUUUCAGGGUUCUUCCCACUGGAAUGCGAUCUCGACUAACCAAUGCAGAAAUGACUAAUUUACGGAAACUUGCUAGAAAAAUUCCUAGUCAUUUUGCCCUUGGGAGGAAUAGAAAUCAUCAGGGGUUGGCAGCUGCUAUAAUUAAGCUCUGGGAGAAAAGCCUUGUUGCAAAAAUUGCUGUAAAAAGAGGUAUUCAGAAUACAAAUAACAAAAUAAUGGCUGAGGAGCUGAAGAGUUUAACUGGAGGCACCUUGCUUCUCAGAAACAAGUAUUAUAUUGUCAUAUUCCGUGGAAAAGAUUUUCUCCCAACAAGUGUAGCUGCUACAUUGGCGGAAAGAGAGGAAGUUGCAAAGCAGAUCCAAGAUGUUGAAGAGCAAAUUCGGAAUAAAGUGUUGGAUGUAACUGCAUCAGGUGAAAAUGAAGUACCAGCACCUGCAGGAUCUUUGGCUGAGUUUUAUGAGGCUCAAUCUCGGUGGGGAAGAGAUAUAUCCACUGAAGAACGGGAGAGGAUGUUGGAAGAAGCGGCCAAAGCUAAGCAUGCUAGGCUCGUCAAAUGGAUUGAACAUAAAUUAGCUGUUGCCCAAGCCAAAAAGCUGAAAGCAGAGAAAUUGUUAGCUAAAAUAGAGGCCUCCAUGGUUCCUUCUGGUCCUGAUUAUGACCAGGAAACAAUCACUGAAGAGGAACGGAUUUUGUUUCGUAGAAUUGGUUUAAGAAUGAAAGCAUAUUUGCCUCUUGGCAUUCGAGGUGUUUUUGAUGGUGUCAUCGAGAAUAUGCAUUUACAUUGGAAGUACAGAGAACUUGUCAAAUUGAUUUCCAAACAGAAGACCCUUGCAUUUGUUGAAGAUACUGCAAGGUUAUUGGAAUAUGAAAGUGGUGGAAUACUGGUGGCAAUAGAAAAAGUUCCAAAAGGAUUUGUCCUAAUUUAUUAUCGUGGGAAGAAUUAUAGACGGCCCAUUAGUUUGAGGCCAAGAAACCUGCUGACGAAGGCAAAAGCGUUAAAGCGUUCUGUGGCCAUGCAGCGGCACGAGGCUCUUAGUCAGCAUAUAUCCGAGCUGGAGAGCACCAUAGAGCAAAUGAAGAAAGAAAUUGGUGUUUCCCUAGAUGUACAGGAUGGAAAUGCUGGGAGCUCAGAGGCUCAUGACCAAUUUAAUCAGGUUUCGGAAUUAAGUGAAAGUGAAGAUGAAGUUACAGUCAUGGAGUCUGAUGACAAUUUUGAUUCUGAAGAAGACUUAGAUUUUGAAGCUGAUGAAGACUCUGAAAUCGAUCAGUAUCCUCGUAGCAAAAACAGCUGACAAUUUCAUCCUGAACUUAAUGACUGGGUAAUUUUUUGUCUCUCUAUAUCCAAUUCAGGUUAAAUGAUGGUAAAUUUUUGAAUAACUUGCAUCACAUUCUUCUGAUGAUCAUACUUGUUUCUCUGCUGUCUCGAGUAUCAAUGGAGCUGAAGAUUCAUUACCAUUGCAUUGCGGACUUGUAACUCGAGAAUUGAGUACUCCAAGUGAGCUAAUUUGUCAGCCUCUCAGAUGAAAUAGGGCUGCGUUAGUUUUCAUUACCAUUUUGGCCAUUUGUUGGGAUGUUUAAGUAUGUGUAAACAAGUUAUCAUCAUGUAAGGGGCCAAAUUGAUAGUUUAAGUUUUUAAACCAAUCUAGUGGUUAUAUUUUUGUAA